ACCCUGACGUUGACAGUUGCUCCGUCAUCCGUCGCCCGACUCCGGCAGUUGGUGACUUGACGAUUUGUUUAUCAAUCGAUACGCAAUUACAUCCAAACAAAGUGAAAAUAUCAACAAUUUAUUUAGUAUUUUGCACACCGGGAACGAAACUGGACUGCACGACGUAGAUUGAAAGAACUUCAACAAUGACAAACGCGUUAGGUGUUUGUCUGCUCGCUGUAUCGCUCUUUUGUUGUACAAAUUUGUCGUAUGCGCGACAAGUGCCGAAGGAAUGCUCUAAAGGACCCGAAGUAUGGUGUCAAAGUUUAAAGCGCGGCGCUGACUGCGGGGCCGUGGGCCACUGCAUCGGCACAGUAUGGGAGAAACAGGACCACACCGUGUCCACCAACAAGGUCUCGGCCAAGUUCAUACGCCUGUUCCGACAGCUGAAGGAUGUUAAGGACCUUCUUAAUGAGGAUUACCUAGCAUCGCGCGUAAGCUCCGAGUGUCACGAUGUCCCGUACCCUGCCAUCAGCAAGAUAUGCACGGAGAACACGAAGAGCCUCGAAAAGUACUUGUACCAUGUGCUUAAAUCAGAUACCACCGCCGAAACUAUGUGCCAGAUUAUCGGCAUGUGUAACAACAUGAAAUUGGACAAUAUCUUGGCUCUUAAUAAUAAAAAGACACCUGCACCUCCCAAACAUAAAGGUCACCUACUAGGAGCGUCGCGUUGCACAUGGGGCCCGUCAUAUUGGUGCAGCAACUUCAGUACCGGCCGGGAAUGCUCAGCGACCCACCACUGCGUGUCGAGGGUCUGGUCCAACAUGACCUUCCCCGAGGACACUGACAGCAUCUGCCAAAUCUGCACAGACAUGGUGAAACAGGCGCGUGACCAACUGCAAAGCAAUGAGACUCAGGAGGAACUGAAAGAAGUGUUCGAGGGUUCGUGCAAGCUGAUACCAAUUAAGGUGGUGUCGAAGGAGUGCAUCAAGAUGGCGGACGACUUCGUGCCGGAGCUGGUGGAGACGCUCGCGUCGCAGAUGAACCCGCAGGCGGUUUGCUCCGUCGCCGGCCUCUGUAACAACGCCAGGAUCGAUACCUUGUUGGAGGGAUACAACACUCAGUUGGAGUUGAGAACGGGUUGCAACAAUUGCCAGAGGACCGUCGGCGGGCUCAGAAAGAAGUUCGACGCCACCAGCUAUGAAGACUUCUUAGUUGGACUACUGCAGGUGUGCCGCAACAUGGACUCUCUGUCGGACUCGUGUUCGAUGCUAGUGUUCAAGUACUACGAGAACAUCCUGGAAGGUGUUCGCAAGGACCUGCGGCCGCAGAGCAUCUGCCACGUCAGCGGACAGUGCAACCACAAGUUCCACUCACAUGAUCUGUAUACAUUCCCCGAAGUCGAAGUGUCUGCUACCGAUGACGUGCCGUGCGAACUGUGCGAGCAGCUCGUGAAACACUUGCGUGAUGUGUUGGUCGCGAACACAACUGAACUGGAAUUCUACAAAGUAUUGAAAGGUCUUUGCAAGCAAACCGGCAAGUUCGCCGAUGAAUGUCUCCACCUAGCGGAGCAAUACUACCCGGUUAUAUACCAGUUCCUCGUAUCGGACCUCAAGGCCGACAAGAUCUGCCAGAUGAUGGGCGUGUGCGGCAAAAACGUGACCAACGUACCCAUAGCGCCGCUCAUCCCCAGGGAACUCGCUGUCAAGGCUUACCCCACUGAUCAACUCAUUGGAGCUGAAGAGGCGAAGAUCGCUCGCGUGCCGGUGUCGAAGGAGCCGUCCCCCCCGUCCUCGGCCGUGCCGCCGCUGCCCAUCGAGCGCAUGUACGUGUCGGUGCCGCAGGGCCGCGUGUCCUGCUCCUUCUGCCAGUACUUCCUGCACUACCUGCAGGUUGAGCUCAGCGACACGCACACUGAGGACGAGGUGACCCGCACAGUGCAGCACGCGUGCGACGUGUUGCCCAAGAGUGUGGGCGCGGAGUGCAAGCAGUUCGUGUCGCAGUACGGACCCGCUGUCAUCGCGCUGCUCGUGCAGGAGAUCGACCCCGCAAGCGUAUGCCCGGCUCUAGGAAUGUGUCCUCAGACCCAGGAAGUACGUCACGUGGCCAUCAACGCGGAGAAAUCCAACUGCCCGCUGUGCUUGUUCGCUGUGGAACAACUCGACGCCAUGCUCAAAAACAAUCGUAGCGAGGAAAACAUCCGCAAAGCCCUCGACGGCCUGUGCACGCAUCUCUCAGCCAAACUGCGAACAGAGUGCGUCGACUUCGUGGACACCUACACCAAGCAACUGGUCGAGAUGUUAGUCGCCAACAUGGAUGCUCAAGAGAUCUGCGUGUACUUGAAGCUUUGUAAGAACGAUGUACACGACCCGUUGAAGAUCACUCGUCAUAGCCAAAAUAUCGACAAGUUCCACGAUAAGCCAGAGUUGAGGGCUGACAGGAACAACUUCAGACGCAAGCCGAUGUUGCCAAAACACAUGCUAGAGGGUCACAGUGAUAUCGAAACGAACGAGAUCCCCGACGGCACCGUGAACGGCCGCCCCGUGCAUCGCAAACAGUCCGCCAACUCCGUCUGCAUCAUGUGCGAGUUCGUCAUGAAGGAGAUCAACGACGAGAUCAAGGACAAACAUAACGAGGAUGAGAUCAAGAAAUUAGUGCACGGCAUAUGCCACCGCAUGCCGAAAUCUGUCCAAGGCCAAUGCGACCAGUUCGUGGAGAAGUAUGCCGACCUGGUGAUCGCGCUGCUCGCCCAAGAGCUGGACCCCAGCGAGGUCUGCGAGGAGCUCAAACUGUGCAAGCCGGACCAGACUAACCCGAACUUCGAUACCGUUAAAGCAGAAGAGAUCUUGGACUGCGCGGUGUGCGAGACGGUGGUGAUGGCCGUCAAGAAGGUGCUCAGCAACAAGAAGGUCGACGACAACAUCGUGCACAUCAUCGAGAAGUCAUGCGCCCUGCUGCCCGCCAAGUACAACGACCGUUGUCACACAAUGAUGGAGAUCUACGGCGACAGCGUGAUCCACCUGAUCGAAGACUUCGGUGUGAAGGGCGUCUGCCAGAAGAUCGGGCUCUGUGGCGCGAGCGAAACCGCGUACGUGCACAUGUACAGAGGCAAGAGGAACUGAAUGCAUGCAGUUUUCCUGUAUAACCUUAGUUAGAUAUUUGUAAUCUCAUGUUUAUUUACUUAAGCGACGAUGUUUCAACCAAAUCACUUUAGCAGUAAGGUUGAUUUGUUAUAUCAAUUAUAUUGUGACUAUUUUAUAUAAAUUAAUUUUCAAUUGACAGAAAAAUAUUUAGUUUAAAAUGGGUACGUAAUUAUUUACUUUCAUAUAGUACUUAUAUUUAUGCGAAAUAGUCACGAUAGCUUUUCCUUUGUUUUUCAAAUGCUGCUUAGUGGUAAUGAGUUUUAUAGUUAGGAAGGGCUUUAACAAUUGCAUAGAUAUAUAAAAAUAUAUUGCUAAUACAUAAAUAUUAUAUUACAAUUUAAUAAUUAUUCUAUCAAAAUUCCUUAUACACGACUUCUAAUAACAAGUUUCUAAGUUUCUGUAGAACAUUGUUUAGUUUAAUCACUGAAGCAUAUUUCCUUAGCAUUUCAUGUAUUACUAAGCAUCGUUUGUCAGACAGUGUCGACAUUAGCGUAAGGAUUUGUGUUUAGUUUACGUUUUCAAUUGUGUAUUGUUUUUUUAAUUCACACCUUUAUUUUCAUUGUCAACGAAAUCGUAUGAAAUUAACGAUGUUAACCACACACUAGCCUGUGAUAGACCAUUUGUAAAUCAUUUCUAUAAAUAAAUAUUGGGAAAGUUAA